AUGAAUUUAAAUAAUGUGAAAAGAACAUACGAAUGUUUAUAUACUCACCAGAAGAUACAGAAAAAUAAAAAAUGGCAAGAAGGAUAUUGUGAAAUAAUAGAUAACUAUGGCAUGACAAAAAUAAGUUUAUUAAAUACAAAUAAAUGUUGUAUAGAAACUACCUUAAGUAAUUUAAUUAAUUUAAAUAAUAUUGAAGAAGAAAUCGAACUACCAAAUCAUAUAAUACAAUUCGUUGAUAUAAAUAAUUUUAUAGAAAAUGAUGUACCAGUUGAAGUUACAAAAGAAAUAAAGAGAGAAAAAGUAAAAAAAAGAAUUAAUAGUUUUUGUGUAGAAAAAUUAAAAUCUAUUAAAAAAAAAAGAGAAUCCAUAUCUAAUAAUAGUAAUAAUAAUAAUAAUACAACUCAAGAUGAUUAUUUCGAUAAUAUAAAAAAUAUGUCUUCUCCAUGGGCCACACACAACAUACACAAUGAUGAUAAUAAAAAAAAUAGUUAUGAUAAAAAUAUAGACGAAAAUCGUAGUCCUCAUAAUAAUAAUAAUAAUAAUAUUUUCAAUAAUAAUCAUUAUCAUACAAACCUAUGUCAUAAUAACAAAUUUCAGGUUCCUAGAAAAAUUGAUAUAAAGGACGAAUCAAUUAAUAAAAGUAAUCUUGCCAAUAAUAAUUUUAAUAGUAUGUAUAAUAUAUACAAUGAAGAAAAUGAACAAGAUAAAAAUGUUGUGAUAGAAAAAAAAAACAAUCUUCAUACAUUUAAUCAUGAUAAAUCAAUAUAUCAUAAUAAUAAUAAAUUAAAAAAUGAACAUGAACUCAUUAAUAUAAUUUAUACACAUAAAAAUUUAUUUUAUAAAAAAAAAAAUGUAAAAUGGCUAGAUGGAUUUAUUAUAGAGAAAGAUAAUUGUUUUGAAUUAUAUAACCUGUCACAAGAUAAAUUAUCUACAAGAGAAAAAUCAACAAUAGAUGAAGAAUAUAUAAAUUUUGGAUGCUAUGUUGUAUAUAAUAAUUUUUUAUCAAACACAAAAGAUAAAGAUAUUUAUAAUAAUGAUAAAAAUAAAUAUAACCAUUCUUUAUUAUAUAAUAAAAAUAACAAAUCGUUUAAUAUACAUGACACAUCUAAAAUUAUGGAGAAAAAAAAUUCAUAUGAUAUAAACAAAUCUAUAUAUAAUAAUAAAAGAGAUGAAGGAAAUAAUAUAAUAACCACAGAUAUAUGCGAUCUGGCAAAUAGGGAAUACACAAAAGGGUAUUUUAAAGAAAAUGAUUAUGAAGAAAAUAAUUAUAAAAAAAAUAAUCAUAAAAAAAAUAAUUAUAAAGAGAACAAUCAUAAACAGAAUAAUCAUAAACAGAAUAAUCAUAAACAAGAGGACAUGAGAAAUGAGGAUGUCAAAAAUAAUCUUAUUAGAAAUAAUAACAUAACAAAUAAUUUUAUAAAUAAUAAUCAUUCAAACAAUAUUGUAUAUGAAGAACAAACAAAUAAUAGUAGUCCAUAUAUAUAUAACUUAUCAGAAGACAAAAAAAAAACUGUGUUUUUUUAUCAUAAUAAUAAUAAAGAUGAUAAUAAAGAGAUAUACGAUGAAAUUAUUAACAUAGGCAAAAUUGUUAGUUUAAAUAAUUAUUCUCAUAUGAACAUUCAUAAAAAUGUUUUAUGCACACCAAUGGAUCUUGAUAUACAACAACACACUGACAAUAAAAAUGAUGAUAACUCAUAUGAUGAUAAAAAAGAAAACAAUAUUUAUGAUAAUUAUAAUUAUAAAAAUGGAAAUGCACAAAAUCAAUCUGUAUUAAAUGAAGAAUGUAAUAUAACGAAUAAUUACACACGUGAUUUCUAUGUGAAUAAAACAUCUUCAUAUAUUCAAAAAAAUGAUAAUGUAUUUGUUGAGAAUUCAUGCAAGGAAAAAGAGAUGUACACCAUGAAUAAUAAAAAUCAUUAUGAUGAUGACACAAAUAAUAAUUAUAUAAAUGAUAAAGAAGGAACCAGCAGUUUUGAGAGGUCCAAUAAUUGUAGGAACCCAAAUGAAAAAAAAGUCAAUGAUGAAUUUAUUUUAAACAAAAAUAUUGUCCUUGAAGAUAAAGAAGAAGAUGAUGAAAAUAGCUACUGUAAGUUAUAUAAAAUAAAAAAUAUAAAUAUGUUUAAAAGUAAUAAUUUUAAUUUUCAUAUUAAAGAUAUAAAUAAUAUUAAUAAGAAUAAUUUAUUUUUACCUAUAUAUAUUAAACUAUUAAAUAAUAAAAUAGAUAUAAAAAAUAAAUUAAGUAAUUUGAAAUAUUAUAAAAUUCCCAAUUUUUUUAGGAACAAGUCGGAAUAUGUUUUAUAUUUUAUGAACUCUAUAUUAUAUGAAAUAUAUUAUGAAAUAACAGCUAAAAUAUUAUAUUUCCAUGAUGAUUUGAUACAAUUUUUUAAUGAUAGAAAUAUAUAUAAGAAGAAAAUUCAACGUGAGGAACAAAUUGAGCGGUUGGGGCAUGGACAUAUGAUUCACAAUAAUAAUUAUUAUUACAAUGAUGAUGAUGAUAAAACAAAAAGUAAUGAUAAUAAAACAAAUAGUAAUGAUAAUAAAACAAACAGUAAUGAUAAUAACACAAAUAGUAAUGAUAAUAAAACAAAUAGUAAUGAUAAUAACACAAAUAGUAAUGAUAAUAAAACAAAUAGUAAUCAAAAUAAUACUUAUGAAGCUUCAGAAUACUGGAAUGUAGAGAAUUAUAAUAAAAUAUGUAACAUAAAAAAGGUAGAGGUGAAAAAUGAUAUAUUUACUCCAGUAAUAAAUUUAGAUGAUGAAAAAAAAACUAAUUUUAUAGAUGAUGAUUAUAUUUUAUUUUUAAAUGAUUGUGAAAUUUUUUAUAGUAUAAAUGAUACAUAUAAGAAUAUGAAUACAAGUAAUUAUAUGAGUAGACGUUUUUUUUUAAGUGUAAAUGAACAAACAAAAUAUCUUUUAAUAAAAAAAAAUAAAAGAAAAAUAAUAGAAGAUAAGAAUAAAUAUAUAAAUGUAAAUCAAAUAAUUAUAUUUAGUAAAAGUGAUUUAUAUUUAAAUCAAAAUGAUUUAUUAAUAUUUAUUACAAAGUGGAAUAAGCUAAGUAAUAACUAUUUAGAAAUUUAUCCAUUAAACAUUGAAACGUUUACAUAUAUGAAUGAAUUAUUUUUAAAAGAAAAAUUUGCAUCAACAAAAAAUUAUUCUUAUUUUUUAAAAAGACAUAAAAAAAUAUAUUUCUCUUCUUGUUUAUUCUUAAUCAAAUUUUUAGAGCAUGUAGAUAAUUUAAAAUAUCUAUUUUAUUUUUAUAAUUCAAUAGUACAAGCAAAUCAUUUUCACACUAACAAAUAUAUAAAUCAUAUAAAUAAUAACAAUAAUGUUAAUUCGAUACAUAAUAAUUUACAAACAAAUAAUUUUAUAAAUUUUAAUUUUAUAUGUAGCAAAAUUGGUAUUAAAAAGGAAUUCAAUCCAAUGAUCGAUACACAAAUUGUAUUAAAUUAUGUUAAUGCACAAUUUAAAAGAGAAAUUUUACAAAUUAUAAAAGACAAUAAAAUGCUUAACAAGAAACAGAAGGAUAUAAUUACUUGUGUCGUUAACUGGUUUAAGUAUGCCGGACCAGAAAAAAGUGAAAAUAAUGAAAAAAGUGAAAAUAAUGAAAAAAGUGAAAAUAAUGAAAAUAAUGAAAAUAAUGAAAAAAGUGAAAAUAAUGAAAAUAAUGAAAAAAGUGAAAAUAAUGAAAAUAAUGAAAAUAAUGAAAAUAAUGACAUAAAUGAAAAAAACGAAAUAUUUUGUAGCAAUAACUCUUGUGAAAACACCCAUUUUUAUGAUGACAAUUAUAGUAGCAAUAAUAGCUUGCUAGUUAAUGGUAUUUUUGGAUCAGGAAAAAGUACACUUAUUUGUAAUAUCCUUUUAUACUUAGAUAAAAUAUUAACACAUGAAGAAGAAAAAGAAGAAGAGGAAGAAAAAAAAAAUAAGAAGAAAGCAAAUAUAAGAACAAAAAAAAAAACGACUUCAAAAACAAAUAGUAAUUCAGAUGAUUCAUAUAAUUAUGAAUCAGAAAGUAACAAAAAAGAUGAUGAUCAUAUAAACUCACAACAUAUAAAUGAAACUGAUAUGAAAAUCAUUGAACAUAUAAAUAAAAAACAACGUUUAAAGCAAAAUAAAAUUUUAUUAAUGUGUAAUACUAAUUUAGGUGUUGAUAAUAUUUUAUUAAAAUUAAAAUUUGAUUUUAAUUUUUAUGAUUUUGCUAGAAUAGGAAAUAUAUAUGAAAUAAAUUUUUUUCUCAUAACGAACUUUAUUACUCUCAAUUUAAGAGAAGAUAAAAGUGAUGAUGAAUUAUCCAUGUAUUUAAAUAAUAUAAGUACUAAAAUAGAUAAUAUGCAAAGUACAAUUCAUAAUAAAAAAGAAACAAACUCAGAUAACAUGAAAGUAGUCAAUAAUGAUAAUAUGCAUGUGAAAAAUAAUCAUGAAAUUGAAAGAAAUAAUAUUAAUGAUAAAAAAAAAAUUUUAUAUCAUAUACCUUCCUAUAUGAAAGAAGAACAAAUACAAAAAAUAAAAAAUUUCGAUCAGUUAUUAAACAUUUUAAAAAAAAAUAAAGAAUUAGUUUUAAAAAAUAAAUAUAAAAACAAAAGAGUCAUAGCAGGUACUUGUAGAAGUAUACAUCUGUUCGAGAAAAUCAAUACAAUAAGACAUAAUAUAAAUUAUCUAAUAGUUGAUGAAGGCACACAAAUUAAUGAAUUAACACUUCUAAAGUUUUUUAUGAAAUAUCCUAUAAAAAAAUUUAUUUUUAUAGGUGAUGUAAAACAAUUAGGAUUUGUUUUAAAAAGUAAAAAUGAUUUAAGUCGUAGUAUGUUUUCAAGACUUAUUGAAAAUGAAUUAUUUAUUAAAUAUUAUUUUGUACAAAAUGAAAAAAAUAAAAUUUUCAACAUGGAUGAUAAUAUAAAAAAUGAAAAUGCAAACAUAAAUAAUAAUCAUAUAUAUGAUGAAAAUAUAAAAAGUCAUAAUAAUAUUCAUGACUACACUAAAAAUAUCGAUGAUAUCAUAGAUAUUGUAAAUAAUCUAAAUGAUCAAGAAUAUUGUACUUUAAAAUAUUUAUUAUACGAAAAAAUGUUCGAUUUAUAUAUAGAAAAAAAAGAACAAGAUACACAAAGGGAAAAAUGUAAUAAUUACAAAAAACAUACUCCUUAUAUUAAUAAAUUAUUUAUUCUAAAUAAACAAUACCGAUGUCAUCCUUGUAUUAGUGAAAUAUGUAGCUAUCUAUUUUAUAAUAAUCGUAUUAAAAAUGCAAAAAGUACCAUGCAAAUCAAAAUACAUUAUCAUAAAUAUAAUUCACACGUCAAUCUAAUAUUAAUUAGAAGCAAUUAUAAAGAAAUACUAUAUAAGUCUUCAUAUAUUAAUAUCUUGGAAGCAAUGAUAAUUAUUAGAAUAUGUGAAAAUAUGAUUGAUAAUGAUAUUAAUCCAGAUGAUAUAGGUAUCAUCUCUUUAUACAAAUCACAAUCCUCAUAUAUCAAAAAUAAAUUAAACAAUUCAAAAAAAGCCAACCAAUUAAAAAAAGUUAGAGUUAGUACAGUCGAUUCGUUCCAAGGAAUAGAAAAAGAAAUUAUUUUGAUUUCAUGCGUUAUGUGCCCAGCGCAAUUAGAAAAAAAAAGAGAAAAAAUAAAACAUAAUAAAGAUGAAAAUUUUGUACCUGAUGAAAAUAAUACUAGUGGAAAUAAUAUAAUUAGUGAAAAUAAUAUAAUUAGUGGAAAUAAUAUAAUUAGUGGAAAUAAUAUAAUUAGUGGAAAUAAUAUAAUUAGCGAAAAUAAUACAACUAGCGAAAAUAAUAUAAUUAGCGAAAAUAAUACAACUAGCGAAAAUAAUAUAAUUAGCGAAAAUAAUACAACUAGCGAAAAUAAUAUAAUUAUCAAAAAUAAUAUUAUGAACGAACUAGCCAUUUCAAUGGAUAACGACAGUUCUCAACUACACAGCAAUGUAUUUUUUGAAUCAUUCUGUGAGAAUAAAAAUCGUAUAAACGUAGCUUUGAGUAGAGCAAAAAGUCAAAUAAUAAUUGUUGCACAUAAUAAUUUUAUAGAAAAAAACAAACUGUGGAAUUAUAUAAAAUCCAAGUGUAAAAUAUAUUACUAUGAUUAA